AUGUCUUCAUUACAAACUUGGCAAGAAAAAGCUGCUCAAAAACGAGCAUCCAUUUACAAUUCAAUUCCACAAAAAUGGAGAUUAUCUGAAACUAUUCUAAAAAAUCCUCCAAAAAACUCAACAUUAGUUCCAUAUCAAUGUGGAAUACUUUCAGAACUUGAUCUUGAAAUUACAGAAAUUAAUGAUAUGGAAGAACUUGCUCAUCGAAUAGCAAAUGGAAAAUAUACUGCAGUACAAGUAACUGAAGCUUAUUGUAAACGAGCAUCUAUUGCUCAUCAACUUGUCAAUUGUUUAGCAGAAAUAUUUUUUACACAAGCUCUUGAACGAGCUCAUUAUCUUGAUAAUUAUUUUCAAUCAACAGGUGGUAAAACAAUAGGUCCAUUUCAUGGUAUACCAAUUAGUUUUAAAGAUCAAUUUAAUGUCAAAGGUAUUGAAACAGCAAUGGGUUAUGUUGGAUAUUUAGGAGACAUUUCUGAAUAUAAUUCAAUUCUUGUUGAUAUUGUUCUUUCUCUUGGAGCUGUUUUAUAUGUCAAAACAACUCUUCCACAAACUAUUAUGCUGGGUAAAGUUCGAAGUAAUCUUUUAGGUAUAACUAUAAAUCCAUUAAAUCGAGACUUUAGUUGUGGUGGAAGCUCUGGUGGAGAAGGAAGUUUGAUUGCUAUGAAAGGAAGUAUUUGUGGAUUAGGAACUGAUAUUGGUGGAAGUAUUCGAUUUCCAACAUCUCUAAAUGGAAUAUAUGGAUUAAAACCAUCUGAUGGAAGAAUUCCUUAUGGUCGAGCUAAAAAUUCAUUUAUUGGACAAGAAUCUGUUUCAAGUGUUGUUGGACCAAUGACAAGAUCUCUUUCAAAUAUUUAUUUAUUUCUUAAAUCAGUACUUGAUACAAAACCAUGGUUAAUCGAUCCGAAAGUUCAUAAUAUUCCAUGGAGAGAAGAUUUAUUUCAAGAAGGACAAUCGAAUAAACUAUGUUUUGGAGUUAUUCAAUUUGAUCAACUAGUUCAUAUAUCUCCACCUGUUCAAAGAGCUAUUAAUAUGACAAUUAAUGCUCUUGAAAAAGCUGGUCAUCAAGUUAUUGAAUGGGAUACAACAGAUCAUCCAAAGGUAACUUGUUACAAUAAUAUUAUUUAUCAUACAUAUAUAUAG